CAAUUAUCUUGGCAGUCCCGCGUCACGAUUCCUGUCUGAAUCGUGGCAGGCUAUCGACCGCGUUGAAUUAUGAUCUCCAUUUGUGACGGGAAACUUCUUUGUCUGACACUAGGUUUUCUACAUGCGUUGGUGUGGACAGAAUGCUCCGGCGGCGACGUGAGGCUGGCGGGCCAAAGGUCGUCACGUUGCUCCGGCCGCGUGGAGGUCCUCCAUAGCGGCGCCUGGGGCACGGUGUGCGACGACCACUGGGACCUCACCGACGCCCAGGUGCUGUGCCGCGAGCUGGACUGCGGCUCGGCGCUGGCCAUCCGCAAAGCCGAAAUCCACUUUGGCUACGCCCGCCAACAAAUCUGGCUGGAUGACGUGCGCUGCGCCGGAAACGAGCCCUCCAUCCUCAAGUGUCCGCACAGGCCCUUAGGCGACAACAACUGCGGUCACGGCCAAGAUGCCGGGGUGGUUUGCUCGGAACACGUGCGACUGAGCAACGGAAGCAAUCGCUGCAACGGCCGACUGGAGGUCUACCUGGACGGCCACUGGAGCAAAGUUUGCGGUGAGCUGGGCCUGGCCGAGGCCAAGGUGCUCUGCCGGGAGAUCAACUGCGGUAAACCUAUGGUGUCCGCCGACAAGCCGGAUUUCGGCCGCUCCCUCCAAGCGUCGGCGGUGAAAGCCACGUGCUCGGGCAACGAGACCUCCAUCUCGCAGUGCUCGCAUCAAGCCGUCACAGAGCACUGCGCCGACGCCGCCCUUUCCUGCUACGACAGCCAACCGGUGCGUCUGGUCAACGGGACCAACCGCUGCGCGGGCCGAGUGGAGAUCUUGUACUUGGGCCAGUGGGGCACGGUGUGCGACGACAAAUGGGGGGUGCAGGAGGCCGGCGUGGUGUGCCGCGAGCUGGGCUGCGGGGCUCCCCUGGAAGUCAAGUACAAGGCCUUCUUCGGCAGCGGCGAGCGCCAAACGUGGCUGGACGACGUGGAGUGCACGGGCCAGGAGAAGUCGCUGGCCGAGUGCUCGCACCGAGGAUUCGGGGAGCACGACUGCAGCCAUCAGGAGGACGCCGGCGUCAUCUGUUCAGAAACGCUCCGACUGAGCAACGGGAGCACGCCGUGCUCGGGCCGCCUGGAGGUCUUCCACAACGGCGAGUGGGGCAAGCUGUGCGGCCGCAACUGGGGCGCCAAGGAGGCCGGCGUGGUGUGUCGGGAGCUCAACUGCGGGGGCCCGUCCAAAUCCGUCGAGGACUUUGGCGAAAGCCGGCUCAGGGCCUACGCGGCCUCCUGCCCCAGCGGCGCCACCUCCUUCUCGCAGUGCGGCGUCCGGGAGACCUCCGAGGCGUGCCGAGGCCUUUCGCUUUCGUGCCAGGGCAGUCCCACGCUACGGCUGGUCAACGGCACGGACCGCUGCUCGGGCCGGGUGGAGCUGUACCACGACGGCGUUUGGGGGAGCGUGUGCGACGACUCGUGGGACAUCGCCGACGCUCAGGUGGUGUGCCGGGCCAUGGAGUGCGGCACCGCCAUCACCGCCAAAUCGGGCGCCUAUUUCGGCCAAGGCGCCGGGCCCAUCUGGCUGGACGACGUGGCAUGCGCCGGCAACGAGUCGUCCUUGAGCGAGUGCCCGCGUUCGGCCUUCGGCGAGAACAACUGCAAUCACGGCGAGGACGCUUCGGUCUCGUGCUCAGCCACCAUCAGACUGCUCAACGGGACCGGCCAGUGUUCGGGCCGGGUGGAGUUCCACCACCGAGGCCACUGGUGGUCGGUGUUCAGCCCCCAGUGGGGGUUGCACGAAGCGACGGUGGUGUGCCGGGAGAUGAACUGCGGCGAUCCCGUCAAGGCGGCCGGAUCGUUCGGCCAAAGCGCCGACGUCGGCGGCUACCAGGUCUCCUGCAACGGCAGGGAGACUUCGCUCGCGCAGUGCUCGCUGCACGAGGACGUCCGGAGCGGCCGCGAUCGCGCCGAGGCGGCGGCUGUCCAAUGCUCGGGCAACGUGAGAUUGGUCGGCGGGCGCCACCGCUGCGCCGGCAGGGUGGAGUUCUACGACAAAGGCCGCUGGGGAGACGUGUGCGGCGAAAUGUGGGACGGCGACGACGCGGCCGUGGUGUGCAAGCAGCUGAAUUGCGGAGACGCCCGCAAGAUCACCACGGGCGGCGAGUACGGCCGCGGCUCGGGGCACGUGUGGACCGCGCAGAUCGAGUGCACCGGGACCGAGUCCACCUUGGCCCAGUGCCCGCAAAGUUCCUCCCAGGAGACAUCGUGCAACACCACGUCGCUCGCCGGCGUCAUCUGCUCAGACAGCUUGGAGGUGCGCUUGGUGAACAGCGACAUCGAGUGCACGGGGCGAGUGGAGGUCCAGCACGGCGACACGUGGCACUCGGUGUGCGACGCCCACUGGGACCUGGCCAAAGCCGACGUGGUGUGCGAGCGUCUGGAGUGCGGCCGCGUGGUGAGCGUCCACGGCGGCGCCCACUACGGUCAAAGCGUGGGGCCCGUGGCGGAGGCCAGCGACGCCUGUUUCGCCAACGCCACCUCUCUUGAGCGCUGCUCGCUCAAGGGUUUCACCGGCUCCACGUGCGAGCAUGAGCGCGACGCCGGCGUCUCCUGCGCAGCAAAACUGCAGCUGGUUGGCGGCUUGGGCAGCUGUUCCGGCCGGGUGGAGGUGUUCCACGCCGGCCAGUGGGGGACCGUGUGCGACGACGAGUGGGAACUCAGCGCCGCCGACGUGGUGUGCCGGCAGCUGGGCUGCGGCCACGCCGUGUCGGCCCCCUCCGCCGCGCACUUUGGGCGGGGCGCCGGCCCCAUAUGGCUGGACAACGUGGUGUGCGAAGGCCAAGAGUUGGCCAUCACGCACUGCACCCACCAGGGUUUUGGAGAGAACAACUGCGGCCACUCCGAGGACGCCGGAGUCAUCUGUUUGGGUGCUCUGGAGAAGCCUCUGAUCGCGGUGAGUCCUUCCGCGGAGGUCAAGUGGGGCGAGAACGUGGAGUUCACCUGCACUAUCCUGACCGAGCACGUAGGCGGCACCUUCCUGCUGAAAAAGUUACAGGGCUCCUUCAAGCUUCAAAAGUAUAGCGAGAACGAGGCGGCCACCUUCAGCCUGCACAGAGUCAACUUCAGCCACCAGGGCUCGUACUUCUGCGAGUAUCAGAAGAAAGUGGACAGUGACAUCAUCUACUACCCGCAGGGAGAGCCCGUGGAGCUGGCCGUCAAAGUGUCGCUGGAGAAGCCGCUCAUAUCCAUGACCACCUUGCAGGUGAUGGUGAUCUACAGCCCGCGGGAGGUGUCGGUCACGCGGGGCGGCAGCUUCUCCCUCACGUGCUCCGUACACUCCCUGUACGCCCACGGCACCUUCUACCUGAAGAACACCGACACCAACGCCACCAGCGCCAAGGCGGCGUUUGGACACACGCUUCUCUACGUGGCCUUGUUUGAAUUCCCCAAUAUAGAGGACAAAGACCAAGGGGCUUACGUCUGCCUCUACGCCGUCAACUUCUCCUCGGUGGCUUUUUGGUCCGCUCCUUCCACGUCGCUGUACAUCAACGUCGUCGCCGCCACGUCUUCGGCCGCGCUCUCGGGAAUUGUCUGCGGGGUGCUGCUGCUGUUGCUGAUUAUCGUUGCGGCUUACCUGGUCUGGAGAAGAAGGAGGCAGCGCGCCGGCACCUCGGUUCAGUUCGGCAACCGACUCGGAGGAGUCGGCAAGGCUGACUUGAACGACACGGGCAACGGAAGACUCGAGGGCGGCGCGGCCGCCGGCGAGGGUGGCGCUCCGAGCCAACCGGCAGACAAGACGGCCCAAGCGGACUCUGCGGAGACGGUCCCCGAGGACCUGGCCGGCCGAGUGUGUUAUGAGCUGGAACCGCUGGUUUUCUCCUGAUCGCGCCGAUAUCUUUGCUUCGCUUAUUAUGCGCUCUCUCCAUUGCUCUCAUUUCAGAAGUACGGUCGACGCCCGCUUACACGCUGUUCCGUCUUUUUGCAGUUUGUU